CUCUCUCUCUCUCUCUCUCUUUCUCGCUCAAUUAUCUGUUCGGGAAGGGAGGAGGAAAUCCCCUGAAGCGGUCGACGUCUCUCUCUCUCUCUCUCUCUUAGACUCUCUCCUGGCGAACAAAGAUUAGUUUCCCUCGAGACUUGGAAAGAAAGCAAUUCAGUUCUGAGUAGGCGUGUUGUCUGUUCUUUACAGACACGUAACCGGAACAUGGUAGCGAAGGCUUCGGCUUCUAUGGCGAGCGGCGCAAACGCUGUAUCCGAGCAAUCUGCUGGCAGGUCAAUCCCAAGUACAAAAAUGUCAAGGAAAGUUCCAAAGAAAGAACACAAGGCUAUGAGAGAGAAGAUGAAACGUGACCAUUUGAAUGAUCUAUUUCUGGAGCUGGGUCAGGCACUUGAAACAUCCCGGCAGAAUAAUGGGAAAGCCUCUAUAUUGGUUGAUGCUACUCGAUUAUUGCGAGAUCUCCUUGCACAAGUUGAAGUCCUUAGAAAGGAAAAUGUUACUUUGAUGAAUGAAUCUCACUAUGUUACUGAAGAGAAGAACGAGCUGCAAGAUGAGAAGAAUGUCCUAAAAGCAGAGGUGGAGAAGCUGCAAAAUGUGUUACAUGAGGGGACGCAAUCUGAUCCUAUGGCGGAGUGGCAUAGCAAAUCAGACUUGGCACCUCCAACUCUGCCUCAGUCCUUGACUGCAGCAUUGCCAAUGCAGCAACAGCCUGUUGCCCCCCUCAUCGACAUUGCCCUUCAUCAAGAUCUCAAUCCCCUUUCAGAUGCUGCAAUUUCACCACCCUCACCAGCGGCUACUUCAAAAGUGAGUAGACCACAUGCCAGAUACCCCACGCCCUCAGACACUUGGUCACUCGAGCUCCUUUCCAGAAAUCAAAGAGCAGCACACGAAGCACAGCAUGGCAGUGGCAGCACAUCUGAUGGAAGGGUGGAAGGCUUAGAUAAUCAAUGAUCCAGAAAAAUGAUCCAUUUGAAAGAUGUACAUGAUAACUUUUCUACUAGGAACUGAAGUAUGUACUGGUCAUGGCGAAAUAAGUUUUUCAGCUCCUGUAUGAGGACCAUUGCUAUCUUUAUCUCAAUGUCUAAUGAGUCAUCUUUGAGCGGUCGGUUCUCAAUACCACCUUUGUUGUAUGCCAUUUUACAUUUUCUUGAUAGUUUGUGCUUUUCUUCUAUUUGUUUAUUCAGAUUGCCAGAACUGUUUGCUGUUUCAAACAAAGUUAUGAUCUCCUUAUACGUGCAGUGUUUCACA